GGAAAACCACAUUAGGGGACCUGCUGCAAGCACAUUUGAGACCUGCAGUGGUUGGUGAAUGGUGUUGCAGAUAGAUUCCGUGUGGGGCUGGGCGUCACCCCCGCUGCGCCUCCAGCUAGCCGGGGUGACCAGGGGUGCCUCGGGGAAAGUAGCUGCAGGCGUCCCAUCCUCGCAGAGGAUGGGUGAAAUAGUCGUGGAACGCGCUCCCUCUCCAGCACGCCUCAGUCAUACAUCUGAAAAGCAUCCACGUGCCACGCUAACUGAACUCAAUGUUCUUCGUCGUCAUCGGGAACUGUGCGAUGUUGUUCUCAAUGUUGGUUCCAGAAAGAUAUUCGCGCAUCGCGUUAUCCUUUCAGCAUGUAGCCCAUAUUUCAGGGCAAUGUUUACUGGGGAGCUGGCGGAAUCUAGACAAACUGAAGUAACAAUACGCGACAUAGACGAAAUGGCUAUGGAGUUACUCAUAGAUUUCUGUUAUACUUCUCAUAUUAUUGUCGAAGAAGCUAACGUUCAAACUCUCCUUCCAGCAGCGUGCCUUCUUCAACUAGCAGAAAUUCAAGAUAUAUGUUGCGAAUUUCUCAAACGCCAAUUAGAUCCAUCGAAUUGCUUAGGUAUCCGAGCGUUCGCGGAUACCCAUUCAUGCCGCGAACUUCUGCGCAUUGCCGAUAAAUUUACUCAGCAUAAUUUUCAAGAGGUAAUGGAGAGCGAAGAAUUUUUGUUGCUACCUGUCGGACAAUUGGUAGACAUUAUUUCAUCGGAUGAAUUGAAUGUACGUACGGAGGAGCAGGUUUUUAGCGCCGUAAUGAAUUGGGUGAAAAAUAACGUCACGGAAAGACGACAACAUCUUGCGCAAGUCUUGCAACAUGUGCGAUUGCCACUACUCAGUCCAAAAUUUUUAGUUGGUACCGUCGGAUCAGAUCUAUUGAUCCGUUCUGAUGAUGCUUGCAGAGAUCUUGUAGAUGAAGCAAAGAAUUAUUUACUUUUGCCGCAAGAAAGACCAUUGAUGCAGGGACCUAGAACAAGACCUAGGAAACCUACGAGACGAGGAGAGGUGUUGUUUGCUGUUGGUGGAUGGUGUUCGGGUGAUGCCAUUGCCAGUGUCGAGAGAUUUGAUCCUAAUACUGCCGAUUGGAAAAUGGUCGCACCGAUGAGCAAACGAAGAUGCGGAGUGGGUGUAGCGGUGUUGAAUGACUUGUUAUACGCAGUCGGUGGACAUGAUGGACAAAGUUAUUUAAAUAGUAUCGAGCGAUACGAUCCACAAACGAAUCAGUGGUCUUGUGAUGUCGCUCCCACCACUUCCUGCAGAACUAGCGUUGGUGUCGCUGUACUGGAUGGAUUUCUGUACGCAGUUGGUGGCCAGGAUGGAGUACAAUGUCUUAACCAUGUGGAAAGAUACGAUCCUAAAGAAAAUAAAUGGUUUAAAGUGUCGCCAAUGACUACUAGAAGGUUGGGAGUGGCAGUUGCAGUACUCGGAGGUUAUUUAUAUGCCAUCGGCGGGUCUGAUGGACAAUCACCCCUUAAUACAGUAGAAAGAUACGAUCCAAGGCAGAAUAAAUGGUCCCAAGUGUCCCCGAUGUCUACGAGACGUAAACAUCUAGGCUGUGCUGUAUUUAAUAAUCUAAUUUAUGCUGUGGGAGGACGAGACGAUUGUAUGGAACUUUCCAGCGCCGAACGUUAUAAUCCCCAUACAAAUUCAUGGAGUCCUAUAGUAGCGAUGACAUCUAGGAGAAGUGGAGUGGGUCUAGCAGUAGUAAAUGGUCAACUGUAUGCAGUAGGAGGAUUCGACGGAACUGCGUAUCUGAAAACAAUCGAAGUAUAUGAUCCGGAACAGAAUCAAUGGAAGCUAUGUGGUUGUAUGAAUUACCGGAGGCUUGGUGGAGGCGUGGGAGUGAUGCGAGCUCCACAAACCGAGAAUUACAUUUGGUAGCUCAGGCCCCCCUCUUCAGCCCAAACGGCUGAAACUCCUUUAACUCCUCUUACACCGGUAACGCCAGUUACACCUGUAACACCUCCUGCUCCUGCAUCGGUUCCUGCUAUAACUAGUACUAGAAAACGCUACCGCCGAUCAAUGAGCAUUAUAUAAGUAAUGUAUGCAUUUUGUAAAAGACUUUGCCUUUCUCUAAAAUUCCAUGCGACAUUUUGUAAGAAUUUUCAUCAAUGUUAUUAUUAUUUGUAUUUUAUUGAGUAAUACAAUACAAA